ACCCCACGGAAGCCUGAGGGGUGGAGGGUCAAGGCAGGGAUGGAAAGAGGACCCUCAGGGAUUGGGAGGGGAGAUGGACAAAAGCAGAACGCCUGGGAGCCGGAGCAGGGCAGCCCCAUACUCCCCAGAAAGCCUGGAAAGCUGGGGCUAGCAUCUCCUCUCUUUGGAGAGUUCUCAGGAAGUUUGGGGGAGGGGCGCUCGGCUCUCUCCUGUUCUGGGAGGGUGAGAGGACUGCAGCCUCCGCAGGUCUCGGAGCUGUCACGUUCCGCCCCCGGCUCCGGCUCCGGGCCGGGUCUGCGGGGCGCGGGCAGCGCGCGCGCCGCCGGGCGGCAUGGAGGGACUGGUCCUGCUCAACGCUCUGGCCACCCGGCUACUCUUCGUGCUGCACUCGCUGGUUGGAGUCUGGCGAGUGACCGUGGUGAAGAAGGAGCCGUGGUACUGGCUGCUGGCGCUGCUUAAUCUCUUGCUCUUUCUGGAAACGGCGCUGACCCUCAAAUUCAAGCGCGGCAGAGGCUACAAAUGGUUUUCACCAGCCAUAUUUUUAUAUCUGAUUAGCAUUGUUCCAUCAUUAUGGCUUCUUGAAAUGCACCAUGAAACCCAGUAUUGCAGUAGCCAAUUUGGAGGAUUGUCACAGAAUACCAGCAGAAAAGAAGACUUCAAUCAAACUCUGUUGUCAGCUGAACGUACCAACAGAGCAGAUGAUCUCAUUGAGACGGCCAAAGUUUUUGUAAAUAACUUAUCUACAGUAUGUGAGAAAGUCUGGACUUUGGGACUCCAUCAGACAUUCCUUCUAAUGCUAAUAAUUGGAAGAUGGCUUCUCCCCAUUGGAAGUGGGAUCACUCGGGAUCAACUCUCUCAACUUCUCCUUAUGUUUGUGGGGACAGCUGCUGACAUAUUGGAAUUCACAAGUGAGACCCUGGAAGAAGAAAAUGUGAGGAAUAGCCCUGCCCUGGUUUAUUCCAUCCUUGUUAUAUGGACCUGGAGCAUGCUACAAUUUCCACUUGACCUGGCUGUACAGAAUGUCGUGUGCCCAGUGUCCAUGACAACGAGGGGGUUCUCCAGCCGGUUCUUCUGCCAAUACAGUGCCGACCUAUGGAACAUUGGAAUCAGUAUCUUCAUACAAGAUGGUCCUUUCCUUGUUGUGCGGCUCAUACUCAUGACCUAUUUCGAAGUGAUCAACCAGAUGCUAGUGUUCUUUGCUGCCAAGAAUUUCCUGGUGGUGGUGUUACAGUUCUACCGCCUGGUGGUGUUGGCCUUGGAUGUACGCGCUUCCUUGCAAAGUCAGCGGAAACGCCUGAAAGGAGAGGACAGAUGCCCGGAUGCACCUGCUGAGCGUGGGGUCUCACCUGAGGCCUGGCCAGGCAGUUCCAUGGAGGCCUUGGCUAUUCCUUUACAGGGCUCGCCGGUCACCUCCGACGACUCCCACCCCACACCAUAGUUAGUCGCUGACAGCAACGUGCAGCUAGACAGCUUGACUUUCUGGUUCGUCUUUCAGACAGAAUCUUCUUUUUUUUAGCUUUGGCAUAUAAUAAUUUUCAAAAGAACAACAUAAAAAGUGAUCUUAAACCAAAGCUGAAAAAAUUUCUUUUUUGAACGGAAUGAAAAGAACUUUGAUUAGUGGCUAUCGCUACAACUUCUGUGUGAUGGUAUCAGAUGUUAGAGUUGUUCAACGACUAAGUGAUUUGUUUGUUUUGAACUGUUUGAAAAGCUGUGGACAGGGUUAGAGUGACAUGCCCUCAAGAGAUUUAAUGCAGACAAACUGUCGCGGCUGUUACCUGAAAAUAGAGCAUCUUUGAACUUUGGCUCUAUUGUCAGACUAUCUCAUCUGAUCUUUUCUGCAGUGUCCCUCUGACAUCAAAAAAUGUACAUUCAGUGAAUGUAGAACAAAUGAAGGGAAAAGUGCCUUUAAAAUUACCUCACUGUGGGCUGGAAACAGUGAAAAUCUCUGCCCAGCUGCCAUAGCAUCAAGAGCCCUAUUCAUCACUGCAUGGACCUUCCCAGGAAAAGCAUUUUUCUGGGCUGCUGUGGUCUUCUGUCAUGGUGCAUAUGCUCUUCUGGAAAUGUUAUUGCUUUGGCUUGGGUGCUGCAAAAUUCACAGCAAGCCAUUUUGGUUACAGAUCUACUGGUUGUGGGGCAGGAAAUACUGGUAAUGCUGACAGUCCCAGUUUCCACUUUGAACCUGAUUUGCAGUCUUCGUCAGGAUUUCCCUGAACUCCACUUUACCAUUUUCUAUAUUGCCAAGUCGAAUUAUGUGGGUUGAUGCAAGAAAGCGCUGAAGCAGUGAAUAAAGGUAUUUCAGGCCCUUUAAGUGUUACCACAAUCGCUGGUGUCCGCCUGCAGUCCCGGGAGCGCCUCUGAACUGCCACUGCUGAAGCCAGCCUUUGGUCUCGGGAAGACGGUGGUGACGGAGGCUCGCAUUAGCCCUCCUCACCACCAACAGCCCUUGAUGAGUGACGGGGGUCAGAAAAUGCCACAGCAUUGUGGAGAUCAGGAAAUUUGCUUUUCUUCCCCGCAUUAGGACUGCAUUUCCCCAGUACUGAAAAAGCUUUCCUUUCAUAUGCCUCUGUACGUUCCAGUUGGAGGCGAUUCAGAACCUUUUAAAAUGAUUUUUGCUUUUAAAGAUACAGUGUGAAAACUUACCUGGCUUUAUAGCAGUAAUUAUAUAAGGCAAACAACUCCAAAACUGUUCCUUUAGGGUUCAAAGCAUAAUUCCACCUUGUUAUUAUGCUCAGGAAUUGAAAGGGACAUUAAAGAUAAGGCAGGGUGUGAACUUAAAUUGGAUAUAACCUAGGGACACCCAAUUGGGACAAAUUUUAUCUAUAAAUCUGUGUGACAUGAUAUCUGUUCAAACUAUUUAAUAGUUGCAUAGACAAACUGUUUUUAUACAGAAAAAUUAAUAUUUUUCAGUUAAUAGUUUCUUUGGUGCUUGAUAAUGUUUCUGUUUAUUUUCUUCCUCAUGUUUCUAAUUUUAACAAUAUGAUGAUUGCAAAAUUACACAUGAAAAUAAUAGAGUACAUUUAUAAUUUUCCAUAAUAAUUUUAUGAAAAGUUAACAUCAGGAAAUUAUAUUUAUAUAAAGAACUUGAUAACUUUUAAGGGCAUGUUAUUUAAAACGUUUAGCAGUUGAACACAAAAUAAUAACUUCUAUUUAUAAAGAUACUCAGCUGAAUGUGUUUUUAUGUUGACUGUCUUAUGUUGAAUGUUUUCCUCUACAACAUGUAUGUGCCGCUUAUUAUUUCAGAUUUGCUCAUGGGCAUGCUUUUUAUGUUUUAAUUUUUCUUUUCCAGCAAAACAAAUAUUGGGCCUCUAAAAAUAGAUGAAGUAUGAAGAA